CUUCGUUUCGCGUGAAUCGCCUACUGUCAGAUUUUUGUAUGUGCUGCUGCUUUUUCGGUUCGACCGGAACGAAAUACCUCCACCAGUGCUAGGAUUUAUUUGUAGCGAAAUAACUGCGAGAUGGCUUUAGUCUGCGACCUCAAAAUGUUGCUUGCUUGUCGCGGAGUAUUCGGUCAGAUCAGGAACAUUCAUCUGGCUGUCGCCAACAAUGCAGCUGCUAGUAAGCUUAAGAAGUUUCAAAUUUACCGCUGGAACCCGGAUAAGCCCGAAGAGAAGCCUUACAAUCAAACGUACGAGGUUGACCUGAGUAAAUGCGGACCGAUGGUGCUGGAUGCCCUGAUUAAGAUCAAGAGCGAAAUUGAUCCGACCCUGACGUUCCGGCGCUCUUGCCGUGAAGGAAUUUGUGGUUCGUGUGCCAUGAAUAUCGGAGGAAUUAACACAUUGGCGUGUAUCAGUAAGAUUGAUGCCGAUCAUCCGGAGAAGCCGACUAAGAUUUAUCCAUUGCCACAUAUGUACGUGGUUAAGGAUUUGGUGCCGGAUAUGACCAAUUUCUACAACCAGUAUCGGUCUAUUCAGCCGUGGUUACAGCGCAACAAUGAAGCAACGGAGAAGAAGGGUGAUGCCCAGUAUCUUCAGUCGGUGAAUGACCGCGCCAAGUUGGACGGUCUGUACGAGUGCAUCUUGUGCGCUUGCUGUUCGACUUCCUGUCCAUCGUAUUGGUGGAACGGGGAUAAAUAUCUUGGCCCGGCGGUGUUGAUGCAGGCCUAUCGCUGGAUCAUUGAUUCGCGUGACGAAUCGACCGCUGCUCGGUUGAACAAAUUGAAGGAUCCGUUCAGUGUGUACCGAUGCCACACGAUCAUGAACUGUACCAAGACCUGUCCGAAGGGAUUGAACCCGGGUAAGGCGAUUGCCGAGAUCAAGAAACUACUGUCCGGUAUCGCUAAGAAGGACGCCCCAGGUCUGGAGACUGCUGCUGAGCACAGCAAGUGAACGGGUGGAUCUCGGUUUACCGCACACUGAAAGUAUUGCGAAGGAUGUGGAUGCAGUAAAUGGAAGUGCUAAUUGUUUAUAAUUAUGAUAAAAGCCCCCGCUAGAACGGGGGUACGAAAUUUGUAAUUUAUUUAUCCGAAGAAUUUCAAAUGAUAAUAAAACGCACUAGCGCAGAAACUUA